AUGGAAUAUUUCCGAACUGAGGAUUCCAAUAUCGACUUUAUGGUGGCUUGCAUGCAGUUCAUUAACAUAGUGGUCCACUCUGUGAAAAAUAUGAAUUUCCGGGUUUAUCUACAGCAUGAAUUCUCCCUCUUGGGACUGGAUGAGUAUCUUGAUGAGUUGAAGAACACAGAAAGCGAAAGACUCCAAGUACAGAUUCAAGCCUAUCUUGAUAAUAUAUUUGAUGUGAAUAGUCUUCUAGAGGACACCGAGAACAAACAUGAGAUGCUGGAGCAUGUUGAUGACCUACAAGCCCAUUUGGCUCUUCUCACAGAGAAGCUACAGCAAACAGAAAAUGAGUACAUGAGAAGAGUGGCCGAGCUAGAGAAGCAGUUGGACCAGACUCGCAAAGAGUUGAAUGCUUUAAAGUUGGCUCUGGAAUCAGAGGUCCGCACUGUCCCACCAGCUCCAAGGUUGGAUUGCAGCAUUGUCACUACUGCCCCUUCAGAGACCACUAUUCCGCCACCUCCUCCGCUUCCAACAACAAAGGGUGACAAUACAGAAUGCCAACAACCACUACCACUUUCUGAUGUCAGCGAGAUUCAACAAGUAACACCAAUUUCUCCUCAUUCAAGUGUUCCUCCUCCACCACCACCACCACCACCACCUCCUCCUCCGGGCCCCCCUCCUCCUCCACCACCUCCUGGAGGCCUUGCUGCACCACCUCCUCCUGUACCAGGUGGCUUAAAUACAGGUACUAAUGAAGAUGACUAUACUGGCAUGAGUAUUAAGAAACCAGUGCAGACUAAAAACAGGAUGCAAGUCUUUAACUGGGUGGCCUUGAAACCUACACAGAUCUCAGGGACUGUCUUCACGCAACUGGAUGACGAGAAGGUUCUUCAGGAACUUGACAUGAGUGAUUUUGAGGACCAGUUUAAAACGAAGGCCCAGGGUGCAAAUAUGAACACCUUCUCAAAGAAAGUGAAAGCAGCACAGAGCCAACCAAACAAAAUUUCCCUUAUUGAGACAAAUCGGGCCAAGAACCUUGCAAUAACCCUCAGAAAAGGAGGCCUAACCCCUGAAGCCAUCACUUCUGCCAUUCAGGGAUAUGAUAUGCAGGCUCUGAAUGUGGAUUUCCUUGAGCUACUGGCAAGGUUUCUUCCGACAGACUGGGAGCGGCAGCAGAUCUCCCGCUAUCUGAAGGAUGAGAAGCCUCUGGACCAGCUGGGGGCAGAGGACAGAUUCAUGGUCCACCUCUGUUCUAUUCCCAGACUGGCUGAGAGAGUGAACACCAUGAUCUUCAUUUCCAGCUUUGCCGACACCGUGGCUCGUCUUACGCCUCAACUCAAUGCUCUUAUUGCUGCAUCCAUGUCAAUCAAAUCUUCUGAGAAGCUGAAAGGAAUCCUGGAGUUAAUUUUGGCAUUUGGAAAUUACAUGAACAGCAGUAAGAGAGGUGCAGCGUAUGGAUUUCGCCUUCAGUCACUGGAUGCGCUCCUGGAGACAAAGUCUACAGACAGAAAGCAGACCUUGCUCCAUUAUCUGGUCCGAGUGAUCAGUGAGAAGUACGCUCACCUGGUCGGGUUCUACUCUGAUCUGCACUUCCUGGAGAAGGCUGGCACAGUGUCCCUGGAUGCUGUGUUGUCUGAUGUCCGCACUCUGCAAACUGGGAUGGAACAAGCUCAGAAAGAAUUUACAAAGCAAGAUGAUUGUCGCAGCCUGAAGGACUUCCUGAAAUCCAACAUGGAGAAGAUGUCACAGCUUUCUGCUGAUGCCAAGACAGCACAGGAAGCCUAUGAAACAGUUGUUGGGUAUUUUGGGGAGAACAGCAAGACAACGGCUCCUGCGGUAUUCUUCCCAAUAUUUAAUCGCUUUGUAAAGGCCUACAAGGUAAUGAUCAAUUUAUUUCUUGAAUAA